AUGAACUCCCUCCCUUCCUUUGUAGAACUUAUGGCAGCCCUAGGCCUCGAACAGUCCGCUUCGGCGUUACAAUCUCCCCGUUCAACCACCGCUUCGCCCUGUCUCGAGAGUGUACAUCCUUCUUCUCCGACUAGAUCCAAGUCAAGCCCGUCUUUACGAGACAGUGCUUCUCGGCAUCGAGUCACUCGUUAUUCCCCGUAUUCCCCUUCAACACUUCAUCUUUCCUACUUCGACAUUGUCCUCCCUCCUGUAUAUGGAUCGACGAGCGACCUUCCCGCUGACACCCCCAUCUCCACCUACGUACGCAGAAAAACUCCGGGUCUAUCGCCCUCUUCCCCCUCCUUUUCUUGCUCCGGUUCCCCCAUUACCCCGCCUAUGCCACUGACUCUACCUAUCCUCCCGACACUCCUUCCGAACUCAGCUAGCUCGGAUUCCUUUCCCGUUACACCCACAUCGGAUUGUGAACUUCCACUUCCUGGACCUUGCUCCCCAGUGGGUGAGCAUAAGCCGCUUACUGAAGGACCCAGGUACAUCCGCCAUAUGCGUCGUCACACUGGCGUCAGGAUAUCCACCCACUUCACUCCGCAGACCUCGACAAGCGAUAUACUUGUAACUGUGCCCACCUUUGAUCAGGUCUGA